AUGCAAACACCACCUAAACCAAAACCUUUGAGCGAUGAAGACCUUUUUUCAAAUUGUUUAGAUUUAGCAUAUUAUCAGUAUAACCUUGAAUCAAUUGAAGAUGAAAAUGAUGGAUAUGAUGAAUUUGUACAAUCAUUUGAAGAACUUUAUGGUGCAGCACGUCAACGAUAUCAAGGGAAAAUAAAUAAUGAAUCAUUUUAUAAAAGAAAGAAUGAUAGUGUUACUAUAUUUGGUAAGUUAUAUGACGCUUGUUUAAAUUCAUUUAAUACAGAUGAUAUUCUUGAGUUUAUGGGAAGUAGAUAUGAAGCUAUGGAGAAAAUGAAAGUUGGAGUAAAUAAAUUUUUAGAAAGAUAUCCAAAUAUUUCUAGUGUUGAAUUAACUAAUAUGAUUAUCACAGAUCUUAUAGAACAUAGAGUACGUCCAAUUGAUAAAAGUAUUAUGAAGUCAUUAAAAAAUGAAUUAGGUGAUCCAUUUUAUUUUAUUUCUGAUGCCCUUCGAUUUGCCCUUGUUCCAUUUCUUGAUGCUGCUAAAGGAAUUGAGACAAAAUAUGGUAAAAAAUAUCCAGAAGCUAUGAUGAAUCUUUUUGAAGAUACUGUUGUAAAAACUGUUGAUUCUGCUAGGCUCUUAUUCAAAAAUGAUUUAAAAGGUGUUGAACAAUUUAUUAAAACUUUCAUGAAAGGUCAUCAAAAAAUGUCUGGUAAAAAUGCACAAUUUAAUGAUAUGAUGGGAGUAUUUGGUGCUCAAUUAAUACUUGAAAAGUAUUGUAAAGCACGUAAUCUUACAUAUAUUCCUGAUGACGGUAAUUUUGAUGAUUUAUUAGUAUCUAUGCAACCGAUGAUGAGUGCUAUGGGAACAAUGCAAGAAAUUGUUAGAGAAUUUCCACGAAAUGAAGAAGAAAGUAAAGAAGAGGAAAAUAAAGGAGAUGAGUCUUUAUUUGAAGAGUGUUUAAAUGAAUGUAAAACAAAAGACUUCUAUUAUAACUUCAAUAUGAAUGGAAAAAAUAUUACUGUAUGGGAAGGAAUGAGCAUUAAUGAACUAAUGACGGAAUUUAACAUUGAAGAAGAGAAGGAAGAAAACCCUCAAAACAAUACAACAAAUCAACCAACUACCACUAUUCAAAUAGAAAAUGAAAUAAAAGAUGAACCAGAAUACAUUUAA